AUGUCGGUGACUUGUGAGGAUGACAUAGAUCGAAUCAUAAAGUUUGUUGCUGACUGCAAUGCCAAGUUUGAAAAUUCAAAGUGCGAUAUAAGAGAAUCUGCCCUUGGCGGGUUGGGCGUCUUUGCCAAGUCCGACAUUGCGCAGGGCGAGACAAUAUUGACGCUGAAUAAGUCCUCAAUUUUCUCUGCAUCUAACAGCUCCAUUGCCAAUUUGUUAUGCGAUAACGAUAUUGACGGUAUGUUGGCGCUAAACAUGGCAUUUAUCUACGAAAUCACAGUUUUCAAGAACACUAGUCAUUGGUACUCCUUUCUGCGAACCAUCCGGUUCCACGAUGAUAAAGGCCGCUUGAAUCUACCGCCAAGCUUUUGGAGUACAAAUGGCAAGAAACUUUUGAAGGGAACUAGUUUUGAUACUUUAUUCGAUGCUUUGGCACCAGAGGAUGAAAUCAUACAAGGAUUUGAAACCGCCGUAAAUCUGGCACACAACUGGAAUGAAGAAUUUGGAUUGGAGGUACCUGCAGAAUUCUUCCACAUUGAUGAGAAGCAGCGUGAAAAAGAUUAUAAAUUGAAGCUAGAAAGGUUCAUUUCGGUGGCAUACACGUUAUCGUCAAGGGGGUUUGAAAUCGAUUCGUAUCAUGAAACAGCGCUAGUCCCCAUUGCGGACCUGUUCAAUCACCAUGCUACAAAACCUGAUUUGAAGUUUGUAUCGUUGUAUGAUGUUUGUGACAAAUGUGGCGAGCCUGGUAUGUGCAAACACCUGAUAGCGGAGGAAUUCCUGGAAGCAAAGGAACAAGAGAAGCAUACGCCUGCGACGGGCGGUACAGGUACUGCUACUAUUGACGAUAACUUAAUCAAUAGGCUCGAAAAUAAUUUGGAGGACGUAUGCUCUAAUAAGAGCGCGGAUGACGAAGACGAUGAUGAUGAUGGUAUACAAAACCCAGACGAAUGCGUUGACUUGGUGCUAAAGAACGAUGUAAACCAGGGUCAGGAAAUAUUUAAUUCAUAUGGCGAGCUGUCGAACGUUUUUCUAUUGGCCAGAUAUGGGUUUACCAUACCUGGAAACCAAUAUGAUAUUGUUCAUUUGGGACCCGAUUUUUUGGAAAUUUUCAGGAAAGAUGACAAACACCAGGAGAAAGUUAAGUGGUGGAGCCAAGUCGGCCAUGGAUUGUUUUCUGCAUGGUACGCUCAAAUGCGCCAGGAAGAAGAUGAAGACGAACAGAACGAAGCGCAAUCAGAUGGCUCGCACCAGGAAGUGAACAGUGAAAUAGAGGAAGAAAGCGAUGAGGAUGAAAAUGAGGACGAGGAUGAGGAUGAGGAUGAGGACGAGGAUGAGGACGAGGAAGAUGUUUUGAAGUCGUGGCUAUCCCAACUAUACAUUGAUUUCAGCGGCGAGCCUUCGCCUUCGACGUGGGCCCUGGCCAACCUGCUAACUUUAACAACAGCGCAAUGGGACACAUUCUUUUCUCAAAAGGCAUCUCACCAUAUCACCGACUCUAUCAUCAACGAGGAAAAAUUGCCCUUCUUAGCCAAGACCGACAACCUACACACCAAGAAAAUACUGUCGAAGCUACUAAAGAACAAGCAACUGCCCACUUUAACCGAUAGCCACGCAGUAAAGGAAGCAGGAGUGACUGAGGCAAUGCUCCAGAACUCUCGCAUCUUGGUGCAAUCCGAGCAAGAGAUUUUAGAUAGAUGUCUCAAAAGACUAACCUAA